UAUUUCAGUUUUUAUCGAGUAGUCGCCUAGUCACAACGUGUCCACAGUCCACCCGGGUUCCAACGUGAUAAAUAUUGCGAAACCGACGCGCCAACUUACGACAUUUCAAUUCUUUAUCAAUAACAACAACAAAUUCAAUUAUUUAAAAAAUGCGUUCGCAAAUGUUCUGCUUUUGUGUGGCGCUGCUGCUGAUUGUUUGCAUUCUGUAAAUGUUUCAAAUAAAAGUAAUAAAUUGACGCACACAAAUCCACUUGAAUUCCAAUAACCCCCCAAAUGAGUUGAAGUUGUAAAAGUAGUGAGAAGAAACCUUAAAAAUAUCCAUAAAAAUGUAACUUUCAAAUAAAAACCGUUAAAUAGUGUGUAGUUUACCAUAUCCCAAUUAAAGUAUAGUGGUGAAUUUGAAAUUUAAACCGUCCACCCCGUAAAGUAUACUCCUUUCGAACCGUAACUACCUUGGCGCAAUCUAUGAGCGCUUCCGUAAAGAUGAAUGCAAAAGAUGGUGAUAGCAGUGAGGAGGCGUCUUGGCAGACUAAAGAGUCACAAAAGCAACUGACCCGGCUAGAGUAUGCCGUUAUAUGUCUUAUGGUAGUACUCGCUCUAACUUCCAUUGUUUGGAGCAUAACCAUACAUAUAAUCUCUGGUGAUUUUUAUCAUGGCAUUCUCGGCGCCAAAUUAGCAUUCCGCGAACGAGAUUUUCGUCAAAUGGAUGAACAUACCAAAGAGAUUUUCUAUAAUGACUUGGACAAAUUAAUAAACGAAACAUACACCGAAAUUGAUGUUUACGAUCAGAUUGAAAAUGACAAGACCACGGUGACGCCUUUGGAAGCCAAUGCCACCACGAAGCAGCCCAAGGUUCGCAAAACCUAUCACAUUUUCCAAUUGGUGCGCCCCGACGAGGAUGAGAACAAAUCGGAAGAAGACGUGGUGUCGGAGGAGCUCACCACUACAGCGUUGCCAGCUGUGAAAUUCAAUAUGACGCAUGAUCGCCAGUUUUUGGCAACAAUGAUGCUGGAUGUACACAAAACACGCUGGCGCCAAAGCGCCGCCGUCCAAUUCAUUUAUAGUUUUCCAUUUCUGUCCGAAAUCUUUGCAAUAAUAUGGACUGCAAUGUGUUUAAUAUUUCAAUCGGGCGUGAAAAAAUAUUGGGGGCUUCCGAAACCGUGGCGUAUUGUGAUACCCUCCAUACUGGUAUUCUCUUUCAUGACAAUAGGCACGCUGAUCUACACAAUUUUAGCCAGCAACUACCUAAAGAAUCUCUGCAAUGGAAUGCGUGAAAACUUAACAAAGCCCGAUGCGAUCACUUGCGGCCAAGCCAUAUCCGUGCUGCGUCCCUUUAUACGACAACACGAAUUCCAACACGAUGUCUACUUGAAUAUGUUCCGCUUUGCCUAUUUGUUCGCUUUGGUUUUGUGGCUGCUGGCGCUGCUACUGAUGCUGCUGCGCUACUUCUUUGCCAUCGAUUUCCAGUUGUUGGAUGUGCAGUCGUUGUAUGAUAACAAAUUGGCGCGACGUUUGAGUCGACCGGAACCGGAAUUUACGGAAGUACUGUUAGAGACGGCACAGUCGCCCACACUGCUACUGCCACGCCACGAUCGCAAUAAGUCGGAGGAUGAUUUUCAAAGUGCCAAGUCGAAUUUGAGUGAGGUCGCAAUGCCGUUAAUCGAUACCGGCAAGCCACGAUCGGCGUUGGUGCAGUAUGCGCCCACGCAACAGCGGGUGGUUUAGUUUAGGCAGCACAUGACAAAUUAAGUAGAGGCUUUACCAAAUCUAUGUACUCGUAUGCGGAGGCGACAAGGUGGGAAGCGCAUUUAAACACAGUUUUACCUCAGGAACCUUAUUUAAUUGAAAACUGCACAAUAGCUCUCUAUUCAAAUUAUCGCUGCCGCUCUUAAAUAUGUAUCACCAACUCUACUCUACUCUAACUCCAGCUCUAAUGUGCAGUUGAAUGAUAUUAUUUUAAAUUAUAUAUAACUCAAGUUUUGAGACAACCGACGAGGCCAAGCACCAACAACAACACACUUACAUGGCUGAAUCUCCACAAAAUUUACUUCAACGCAAUAUAUUAUUUAAAAUGUUAUUUAUUGAUUUUUAUAUGGAUUUUUUUAGAGCUCUUAACCACUGUGUGCGUGUAUAACAAUAUAUAUGAUAACAUUAAAUAUGUAUAAAUGUGGAAAAAGUUAAACAUUGACUUAGACUAUUUUCAUGGUAAUAGUUUUGGUCUCCAAAUAAUUGUUCAAACCAUCGCGACCCAUCUCACGUCCGAUGCCA